GGUUAGUGUGUUAUCAUCAUAUCUCCACUUUAAAUACACAAAAUAAACAGAGAGAAGAAGAAAUUUAGUAAAUAAAUUUUUGUGAUGAUGAAGAUAUUGGAGUGGGUGCAUGAGGUGAAACCAGUGUUAUUAAUGGUGGUUGUUCAGCUCAGUUUUGCUGCAACUAAUGUUCUCUACAAAUUAGCUGCCUAUGAUGGUAUGAGCUUGGAAGUUCUUAUAGCUUACAGAUUCAUUUUUGCCCUUGCUUUCUUGAUUCCUCUGGCUCUUAUCUUUGAAAGGAAGAGCAGGCCUAAACUUACAUGGACUAUCAUUUUUCAAGCAUUUUUGUGCGGUUUUUUUGGGGGAUCACUACCCCAAAAUUUAUACACCGAGAGUUUGGUACUAACAUCAGUAAUGUUUGUUUCUGCAAUGACUAAUCUCAUACCAGCAGUUACCUUCAUCUUUGCCGUUCUCUUCGGGUUGGAAAAAAUGGUAAUAGAAAGCAAAGCAGGGAAGGCAAAAAUGAUAGGCACAUUAGUAUGUCUUGGCGGGGCAAUGAUACUAACAUUUUACAAAGGAUCAGAAAUUAAGAUAUGGGCUACAAAUAUAAGUUUGAUGAAAAUGGUGAACCCUCAUGGAGGACACGUGGCAUCAUCAAGUAGCACUCAGGUUUUGGGAGGUUUAUUAGCUUUGAUAAUUUGCUUCUCAUUUUCUUUAUGGUUAAUUAUCCAAGCUAAAAUGAGUGCUAAUUACCCAUGUCCUUAUUCAAACACAUCUUUGAUGACUAUAAUGGCUGCAAUUCAACAAGUUAUUUUCACUCUUUGCAUUGAGAGAGAUUGGAGUCAAUGGAAAUUAGGUUGGAACAUAAGGUUGUUCGCUACAGCUUUCGCGGGAAUUGUAGCGCAUGGUAUGAUGGUAACUCUCAUGAUUUGGUGUGUGAGGUUAAAAGGACCAUUGUACACAUCAGCUUUUUACCCUCUCAUGCUCCUUUUCACUGCCUUGGCGGGUUCUUUGCUACUUGAUGAAACUCUACAUGUUGGAAGCAUACUUGGAGCAACAUUGAUCGUGUGUGGACUCUAUGCAGUAUUAUGGGGUAAAGACAAAGAAAUGAAGAAAAUGUCUCAAAUCUCUAAAGAAAAUGAAGCCAUUAGCGACAAUGGCAGUGCUAAAAAUUGCAAUAGAGGUGCACAGUUAGAUCACAUUUAAUCAAAAAGAUGCAUGAAAACGAAGAAAAUGCGUAAAUUUCAUUUUGUCAAAACAUAUAAAUGUCGCUAGCAAGCUAUAAAGUACGGAAAUAUAAUUUUAAAACGAGAAACGCUGAAAUAUAAUGCAUUUUUUUGAGUAAUAAAUUCUCGAUUUCACUGUA